CGAGGAAACCUUCCUCCCUGCGCUCGUCGAAUGCCUGUUCAACCGGGCGGACGGAGGGGCACCGAGGCUGGAGCUCUUGGAGGUGACUGUGCGCCGCUCGGGAGCUAAUGACUGGCGGGAAUAUGACGCGCACUACGAGGCGGUAUUCAUGCCCAUGCUCGAGACCUACAAGUUCGUCAACGAGGGGUGGUGAUUCAACCCCCUGCCAUACUACGCAUACGAUGAUCCCAGUCUUUCCAAGCGCUUCCGUCUACACUCAUCGGCGUUGGGAUGUGUGAUGGCUCUACUAGCGGAAAUAAACACGUUCCAGUACCCGGUAACAUCACAUCUAUUCUCAACUUCGCGCCACUCCCCUUGCCUAUAUGUACUCGACUGGACAUUGUACAACUCCCGUUCCCCCUUUCUUUCUCCUCACAACCUACAGGUUCACACUUCGCCGGGCAGUCGGGUUGUCGGCGCGUGCCGCACUAACGUCAAACUCUAAAGCAACCCAGAAUCGCACCACCACCACCACUACCACCGUAGCCUUCGC